UGACUUGCACAGAAAAAAAAAAAAGAAGAAGAAGAAGAAGAAGAAAGGAAUGUGUGGAUUUACGUAUCUUUUACUGCUUUAAAAAAAAAAAAAAAACAGAUGCCUCAACAGACGGAAGGGAUAAAAUCAAUGAUCAAUUUAGCAAUACAAAACCGUGUUUAUUUUCCCAACGCGUUAUCUCGGGGCUGGAAGGUUCCCAAACUGGGAACCCUGGGCACCCGGCGUACGUUAGAGGCAUUCGCUCCCCAAAUUCUUGUGCUCUUGCUACCACUGCCAGCACCAGCAGAGAGCUACUCGCAGGCCGCAGGAACACUACCCCGAGCCAGAGCAGAGCUCGCAAGAUUCCCCUCUUCAUUUUACUGGAGCACGAUUUGAACGAUUCAUUUCUAGCUCAAAAAACCCUAAUUCAUCAUCUCCACCUCACAGUCCCUCGUGAACCGCCACGAGAGGAAUACUGGAUUCAAUUUUGCAUUCUGUUGGUUGGUGUGUUUCUGAUAAAUUUCUCUCUGGUCUUCAAGAGCUCUCCUAGAAUCAAAUUAUUGGAAAAUCCAAAGUAUUCUUCUCCUUGUCAUUGGGCACGUGUUUUCCAAGUUUUUGAGCUACUCAAUCCAUCAGGAUUUAUUGGGACAGCAAAAAUGGGUUCCCUUUGCUGCUGUCCAUGCGGGGACGAAUUUGAUGAAUAUGCUUAUCCGAGUAAUUCAAUUUAUAGGCACUGCAUAUGCCUAAGAUUCUUCUUUCACCAGCUUCUCAAUGGGUAUACUGCAAUAACUCAUAGAAUUGAAGGACGGGCAUUAUCAUUACCCACCCAAGGAGCUACUUCUUUAUCAUCAUUGGGCAUUGGGACAUCAUUGACAGAUAGUUCCUUAACUGACACAUACCACUCUGUUUCUCGACAAGUGCCUUGUGAUACUGAUCAGAGAUACUCUCGUUUGCAACGUGAUGGCUUGGUCUCAAGGCGUGAUAAAUCAACGACUCAUUUCCAAGAAGAUUCACUACCGCUGAGACAAAACGUGAGUAGUUCUGGUGUCGAACGAUUGGGUUCUGUGAAGAAAUCAAAUUUAGUUGAGUCUGAAGAAGAAUGCGAACUUCUUCAUUCAGAGUCUUCAGAGAAGAUUUUGGGCAUGAACGUUGGACAUGGCAUAACUUAUGUACAGCCACCUUCUGAAGAUGAAGACGUCUGUCCUACAUGUCUUGAUGAAUAUACUCCAGAAAAUCCGAAAAUCACGACACAAUGCUCACACCAUUUCCAUCUUGGUUGUAUAUAUGAAUGGAUGGAAAGAAGUGAAAGUUGUCCAAUCUGUGGCAAGGAGAUGGAAUUCUGUGAAAGCCCAUAAAUGCAUGUGUUUGAUUUGGAAGCAGUAGAGCAAAUAUAUAUAUGGUGACAUCCAAUUCCAGGCAGGAGCAGCUGUAAAUAAAAGUCCAGGGUGUGUUGAACAAGCCUCUGUGGUGAGGAAAGCAAUUGUUGUUUUCAGGCACUAGCGACUUAUCUGUAGUUACAUGUAAUUUUUCUCCAUCUCUCCGGUUUUGGAUGGUUGAAUGCUUAAGUUGUUUAUUUGUACAGGAAGCCACACGUUGGUGUUGAGAAUCAUAUUACAUUAUUACCUACAUAUCAAUAGGGGGAAAAAGGGGAAUCCUAUUUGCUUCUUACAAAA